GGCCGGCCGCGUCUUCUGGCCCGGCUGCUCGCUCCGCCGGCCGCGGCUGAGUCACCGCGUAGAGCCGGACGCGCGCGGCGCUCACCGACCUGCAGCGGCCGGCGCGGGCGAGCUCGGAGCAGGCUGAGACCGUCAUCGCGGGGCAGCCGAGGGCCGCGGCCGGCGCGGCGAAGUGGCAGGUGUCACGCCGGACGCAGGAAGGGCGCUUGCCUUGGUUUGCCUUCCAGCAGGCGUUGCGUCUCCCCGCCAGCGGACGGUCUGGGGUGGGACUGCAGGAAGAAGUCGGUUCCCACCCCGCGCCCUCGCUGCCCCAGCCCGGGGAGCUGUCCGCCAGCAGGAGCAUCCCAGGAGCCUGCUCGCAAAGGGUCGGCCCUGCGCCUCGCGCCUCGCCGGGCAGCAAGCCUGUAAUCGUGGAGAAAAGCUACCUCCUCAAGCAACAUGAAAAUUUUCUUUGUCGAGCCUGCCAUUUUCCUGAACGCAUUUGCUAUGAGUUUGACCACCCCACUGACCACACAGUACCUGUACAGGAGAAUCUGGGAAGACACAGGCAACUACAGUUUUGCAUUCGAUAGCAAUAUUUCUCAGUGCGGACAAAAUGAAAGCAGCACGCUUUUUGCGUUCCAGAAGGAAGUUCAGAAAAAAGUGUCUCUUUUUAGUCUGCAGAUGGAGAUGAGUGGUUUAAUUCCUGGCCUGGUGUCUACAUUCAUACUUCUGUCUAGUAGUGAUCAGCGUGGACGAAAAUUCCCUCUGAUUUUGUCUUCCACUGGCGUUCUUGUCACUAAUGUUUGGCUGUGUUUGCUUUGCUAUUUUGCUUUUCCAUUGCCGCUUUUGAUUGCCUCGACCUUUAUUGGAGCUUUUUUUGGGAGCUUCCACACAUUUUGGUCAGCUUGUUUUGCCUAUGUAGUUGAUCAGUGUAAAGAAAGCAAACAAAAAACAAUUCGAAUAGCUAUCAUUGACUGCAUGGUGGGAAUUGUUUCUGGACUGACAGCGUUGUCGUCUGGCUAUUUUAUCAGACAACUAGGUUUUGUGUGGUCUUUUUUAAUUACUUCUAUAGCUCUUGCUAUUAACUUGGCCUUUAUUGUAUUUUUCCUUGGCGAGUCAGUGAACGAGUCUUCAUCUCAGAGUGUUCCUAUGUCAUGUAUUGAAAGCUUUAAGACCCAGUUCCAGAGAACUUACAUGCUUUUUAAAAAUGCCUCUGGUAAGCAGCAGCCUUUGCUCUGCCUGUUCCUUUUCACAGUGGUCAUUUAUUUUUUUGUGAUAAUGGGCAUAUUCCCAGUUUUUAUCCUUUAUGAGUUGGGUUCCCCGCUCUGCUGGAAUGAAGUUCUUGUAGGGUAUGGAUCAGCUUUGGAUAGUGUCUCAUUUUUAGGUAGUUUCCUUGGAAUAUGGCUUUUUUCUUAUUGCAUGGAAGAUAUUUAUAUCGCCUUCAUUGGAAUUUUUACCACCAUGGCAGGAAUAAUUAUGACUGCUUUUGCCAAAACCACGCUGAUGAUGUUUUUAGUCAGAGUGCCGUGUUUUUUUCUUAUUGCACCGCUGUCUGUUUUACGAUCCAUGUUGUCGGGAGUGAUUCCUUCUACUGAACAAGGUACCCUGUUUGCAUGUAUUGCAUUCCUAGAAACACUCGGUGGAGUCAUUGCCGUUUCCGCUUUUAAUGGAAUUUAUUCAGCCACUGUUGCUUGGUAUCCUGGCUUCGUUUUUUUGCUGGCUGCUGGUAUACUACUCAUUCCGGUGAUCAAUCUAUGUGCUGCCAAGUGGAUCAUGUGCAGUGAGAGGAGCUACACAGUUCUUGCGCAGAAAGAGCCCAGUGAUGACACUUCGGACUGAUGCUGGGAACGUCACUGGGACAGGCAGUUAAUUCCUGGGACUGCGGCUGAGCUGUGGAAUCAUGCUUUAUUAAUAAUCAAUGUUACGGAGUCUUCCUUUCUCCUGAACAAAACUGAAUCAGCCCGGCUUUCGCUUCGCCCAGUACUUUAGCACUUUGAGGACUCUGUGCUUAUCCUGCAGUAUGUUUACAAUGUACCGAGAAACAAAUCUCAGAAAACUUCCCAGUUUUAGACUUGAAGAAGAAACUGAAACUAAAAAGUAAAAGGAGGAAUUAAGAAACUUUAAUAAGGUCAAAAGCAAUAAUCUCACUGACAUACUCCAGUCUCUUUACAGUGAAACCAGCGAGGACUCUCUUACCUCACCUGCAAAAUGGGUUUCUGAGCGCAAUCAGGGAAUUUGAAAGUAGAAUGAGAAAUUAUGAAAACUGACUGCUAUAAAAAUAAUGGUUUAAAUUUCAGAUAUUUGCAAUACGA